UAUUCAUUUCUAUUGCGUUGGCAAUGGUGUAGUUUAAUAAACGGUUAAUUCUUUGAAAUCCGUCAGUCAAACUAGAAGUUUGGAAGUUGUUUUUAUUGUAAUUAAGUACUUGUAAUUUUCGGCUAACAGAAUCGUACUCGCUACCUAUGGACUUAGAGCUCAAACAGGUUGAGCAACGACUUCCUAUGCUCUUCGAGAAGAAUAGGCUGGCAAGUUUUAAGUCCUGGAAGUUCAAUGACAGAAGCAAAUGUAGCGCGAAGAAGUUGGCGGAAGCAGGUUUCUACUAUGCGGGCACGCCUGAUGAACCGGAUGGUGUGCAAUGCUUUUUAUGUAAUAAAGCCCUGGAUGGAUGGGAAAAAGAAGACAAUCCUUGGGACGAACACAUCUCACAUUCUAAAAAUUGCGAAUUUGCGAAAUUACGCCUACCUGAAGCAAAGUUGACCACAGAUCGCUUUCUUCAAUUUUGUCUUGAAAUGGUGCUGGUGCAGUCAAAGAAUUAUGUGACAAAGGUUGUCGAAAGUAACAAGAAGGAGUUCUCUCAGAAAUAUACGGCAAAGAAAAAAACAUUAAACGGCAUCAGGAAGAAGUAGCAAUUACAUAUGAGAAAUUGAGGCAGAUAAAAUUCAGAAUGUUGAUGGCACUUGUAAUUUUAUAGAUUAUUUUUUUAAGUAAAAGAGCUGCAUUUGA